AUGGGUUCGUUGCCUACAUCGUACUGGCAUCAAAAAGUGAGCAAUCUUUCCCUGUUUCCGCCUCUUCAGUUCUGCUGCCCGUCGGAAGACGCCCGUGGUGGUAUGCACUCCGCAUCCCGCCGGAAGAGCGAGCGCGAGGAGGAUGCGCGACCCGUGAAAAGGCAGAAGAACGCGGAAGCGGUGGAAGAAGGGGCGCAUGAUGCAGCCGAUGAUGGCCGCCAACGCGGCGCAGCACCAGAUUAUGGGAAAGCUGCUGGUGCUUCCCAGCAACCCGCAGGUCCAGCGCAAGAUCAGGUGUCCGCGGCACUGCAGAAAAUCGGCUCGCACAUUGGCGUUAUGUCGAAGUUUGUGAAGGCAUCCGGCCUUCUGCGGCAGCUCUUUGAGGGUGGACAUCUUCGGAGCGACCACGCUGACGAUUGUUUCAAGGCGAUUGUGGUGUCAAUGGCAGACACAGCGCGGUGCGAAGUUCCAGAGCUACGGCGGGAGUAUUGGAAACUCAUCAAGGCGGCGUGCGACCACUGUGACAUGUUCAGCCCACCCCAGAGAGCCCAUCUGGAGGUGCUUCAACUCUGGGCCGUGCUGCGGAACGAGCUGUACACCGAUGAUAGCUUUGUUUUCAACAAAGUGUUGAGGAAAUUGAAGGAACUUGUGGAGGAGCUGCCAGUUGCUGGUGUGGAAGAUGAUGCGGCAUACACCAGCUGGAAGGCCAUGCGGCAGACAGAAACAGUGGUGGAGGCAAGCACCAGAUCUGGAAAUACACCAACAGGCAAACCUGAUUCGUUAGAUCCCCAAGCGGGGGGCUGCAAGCAUGGUCAAGAACAGCGGGGGAGCACAGUACUUGACAAAGGCGCAAGGCAGUCAUGUGUGUGGAGUCCGGAUUGUUGCAUGUGUGCACGCAGAGAGGCUCUGCUGGACUGUGUAGAGUCAGCUGUGAAACGGUACAGCGUGCCAUGGGUUCGGACCUUUGUUGACAUCCUUGUUGAGAUGGUGAACAAAAGCAAGGCGAAAUUCUGCUGUGCCCAGCAUCAAAGGAUCCAGGAGUUUUGGAGAUUCACAAAAGAGCAGAAGAUGGCGAGACGACAGGGCCUGUCUGCCCAGGCAGAAAAGGAGCAGGAUAUGACCAUGUUCGAGCUUGCCCGGCAUGAGUGGUCCAAGCAGGCUAUCUCAACCAGGACCAAAGUCGGUGGCAGCGGGGAUCACAGAACCGAGGUGUGGCUUGGAUGA